AUGGAAAUCAGAGAUGAAUCCCGCCCUGGUGGACCAAGACCAACAACAACCACCAAUGCAAUGAUAGCUAAAAUUCAGAAACAUGCUACUUAUGAUGAUCGAUUGACUGUUAGACACAUAGCGAAGAUCCGUCCAAAACAGAAAGAGCUGAAGGCUGAACUCCCAAAAAACCAGAGGUACUUUACCCGACAUGAUGGUUAUUAUGUGUUCAUCACAAAUAAGACUGUAAUGGCAGAGGAACUGGCCUCUCUUAGUCCCGUGUACCAUGACGAAGAACCCAGUCCCAGCUAUCAAAAUACCAUCGUUUUCCCCGGGGGAAGGGACGGUAUACAAGUGUUCCUGUACGUCAACGAAACAAAUCCACGAACCGAAAACUUUGUUGUGAUUGAGCCUUGCGAGGUGGAAAUUUAUGGAUGUGUUUACGAAGAAUCUGAGAAUUGCACUUGCCCAAGUGAAGUUGCCGAAGACAGCUUUAGUAAAACUCUUUGGAAUUCGACAGUGGUUUUUGAACACGGAACAUUCUCACUCAGGUGUGAUAACAAUUACCUGUCUCUAAUGAAUGUGGGAGAGUUGGAGAACUCUCAAACAAAUUUAAUGUUAGCUGAAUGUGACGGUAAACAACAGUGUUCAUACAAAACUGACUCCAACAUCCAGGGGCAAUCCAUCAAUUUCUACUGCCAUGAUAGAUGUAUCAACGAAAACUACAAUAACACACGAUUCAAAUAUAAUUUGGAUGAAGAUUUUCAAUAUCGUCCAGACGUCAGAGAACCUUUCACUGGGUAUCUGAAGUCACGUGUCUUUGAGUGUGAUGAGCGACAUGUUCUGACUGAUGGAAAUCUCACACUUCAGUGUAGAGAGAACGGAACGUGGUCAGGAAAACCGCCGGUGUGCAAUGUCACUUGUAUGGAGCCGGUUCACGAGAAUCGCUCUACUAUUCUUGAAUAUGGGCAUCUGCCGAUCUAUUUUGAGGAUGAAAAUGUGACAUACAAAUGUAGGAAAAACCAUCGCCACGUGGAUGGCAAUCUUAUAAGACUUUGUAACAAAAGCGGUGAUUGGACAGGAAAGAAACCAGUCUGUAAACGUUGUAAGUGCCCAUGCGACAGGGUAAAAUAUCAGAAUUUUAUCAGUGAUCCACAAAUUCUUGAAAAAAGACUAGAGGAUAUGAAGAAGGAACUAGAAGUUCAUAAAGAGAAACUCUCUAAAACAGUGAGAGCAAAAACCUGUGCCAAGGAUGAGAGAACAUCUUCAAAAAGACUGGGCUCUGUUUUAGGAGUUGGUAUUAUCGUGUCUGUGCUGAUGUUCAUUUGUUGUAGUGACCUUCCAUUGCUUUGCAGACAUAUCCGGUAUGGGCCUUGACUUUUGCGUACUGUUGACAUUCUUUCAUUUCCUUCGGUUAAUAAUUGAACUGUCCCCCUUGACUUCUUUCUUUCAGUUCGAAUUCUCAAAAAAGACUGAAAUUCCAGUAGCACUUCGAGAUAGGCAAAACAGACAAAACAGGCAUCACGACUGCUCGUCUUGAUGCCUUCAAGGGAAGGUCGGGCGCACUGAUAGAUAGAGGAUAGCUUUUUAAGAUUUAUUUUGAAAAUGCUCUUAAUAUUAUUUUUUUCCUGGAGUUUUUCCUUCCUAAGAUAUAUUCAAUUUUUUCACAAACGUAUGAGAACACAGAUUUGAAUGACAUUCCUUCUGUUAUUCAAUCGUUUUAGUAGGGAUACAGUGAUACCUGUGAUGUUUAGAACAGAAUAGGUCGUCACAGUAUCACUAGUGACGACAUCGAUCAUGUGUUCCGAUGUGGUCUGUUGUAAACACUCGGAGUACACGUAUUUGAUACUGUUCCCAAGUUUGUUGCAACAAGUAUGCUAUUACCACCACCAGGAUCAAUUUCUCUGCUACGGUAUUUAAGCCCCCAUUCACACAGUGCUGCUUUUUUGCGACGAUCAUCCCCAGCAAGCCGUGACCCGAAAAAGUUUAGAUCCAGGCGGAUGGGAGCUGAUCGGCGUCUAAAUCGAUCAGUUUGGCUUAUGGUCUUCAUUACGACCGUAGUAGGAUGCCCCUAAGUCAAAUGCGCUGCUAACACACUUCUACUUCGCUGCCUCUAAGACAUUCAAGAUCUUACUACGACGCUACGCAGACCUAGAUGACUUUUGACGAUAUCGCUACGGUGGUGCCGAUCAAAAAACGAUUGUAUUACGCUUCUAGUAUGAUUUUGGCGAUGAUGUAGAUAUAUCUUGCAACCACAGAUUUUUCUAGAACGAUUUUGGCGAUGAUGCAUACAUAUCUUGCAACCGCAGAUUUUUCAUGGCCUUUACCAUGUGGUUUACGGGACAUAUCACGUAACUGUAGUAAGAUGUGAAAAGUUUCAACUCCAAAUGAUCAUCAAGUAUAGUGUCACCCUUUACAUGUAGUUGACAGAUGAUAAUUGGUCAAAUAUCAGCGCUAUGAAAACAAACUGCUGCCUGAUUGUUCGUGGUAUGAUCGGCGUAGUGGGAGCGUUGUAGGAGCGUACACUCUACUUGAUAAGUUCCUACGCUUUUAGUGCGCUUUUACUACGAUCACGAAGAUCUCUCUACGAUGCUUCCGCGCUGCUUGUACGAUUACGGCGCUUCUUCUACACUCUUAUUACGACUUGUUGGCCACGGUCCACUAUGCUAGUUUUGAGCAUGUUCAAAUGAAGCGUGGCGCGAGCGUAGAGCC